AUGUCAGAGGAGGAGAGUCAUAAAUCUCAUCAGAGUCUUCUGACAUGUUCUACCUCUCCAUCUCCAUACCAGAGACAGUGUUCAAGUCAUGUUCCUCUCAGACUGAGUGGAGGUAAGGGCCGGUGCUCUGGGAGGCUGGAGGUGUAUCAUAACGCUGUGUGGGGCUCAGUCUGUGAUGAUCAGUGGGACAUCAGAGAUGCUCAGGUGGUCUGCAGACAGCUGGGUUGUGGAGCAGCACUGAGGGCUGAUGGGAAUUCAGUCUUUGGUGCUGGUGAAGGUGUUGUGUGGAUGAACAGAGUCGAGUGCAGAGGGAAUGAGAUUCACCUGUGGGACUGUCCUCUCUCCCUGAAAAACCACACUGACUGCUCCCACAAAGAGCACGCUGGACUCACCUGUGCAGAUGUUUCAGAUGUGUCAGUGUCCUCUACUCCUGACACAACAACAUCAGUUUCUCCUCCAGUGCGCUCAACAUCAGUCUCUCUUUCACAAACUCCUCCAGCAGAGUCUCUCUCCGUCUCCCCAGAGCUUGUGAUUGUUCUGGGAGUUGUGCUCUUACUGCUCUUAGUGCCACUGCUUAUACUGAUUCAGCAGAACAGAGUGAUGAGGAGAGCUCUCUCUAAGAGGAGACACAGGACGACGACUGAGGCCGUUUAUGAGGAGAUUCAGCACAAACCUAUUAGUAGACACAGUCUCUUCACUCAGAGGGUGUCUGAUGGUUCAAGACAAAUCUCCAUAACAGGAAGUGUUUCUUCUUUAGAACAACAUUCUGGAUAUGAAGAUGCUGAUGUGUCUCUCUCAGAUGGUUUAGCAGACAACUAUGAUGACGUUGUCAUUAUACCACAGUUCUGCAAUGAUAAUGCAGACUAUGAUGAUGUAGAGGAUGUGCGAAGAAAACAUGAAGGGACUGAAUAACUAACAGUACACCCACUGCCUCAAAUCCUCAAUAUGCUCUAUGUGUUAGCUGCAGUCAAAUUAUGCGUUACAUUUUGUAUAAUAUGUACUAAUUACCUUUAACCAGAAAAAAAUAUUUUGCUUCAUGACCUUUUCAGUAUUAAAUUUAAUUUGUAUUUCCAGAGGUUUAUAGAUUUUUGUAUUCCCAUUGUAAGCUUUCAAUUGUGUAUACUAAUUUGAGAGAGCAAAAAAAUAAAUGAAAAAACACAAAAUAAUUUUGUGUGUAAUUAAUAGUUUAAUAGUUAUGAUUGUAGUGUUUUUACUCAUUUCUCUGUCUUUUAACAUUUCACAGCACCUUUAACUCA